AUCGUAUCAAGAAGCAGCUUCAGCCCCUAACGCCGUUUCGUCUCAAAAUCUCUCUCAGAUUCUUUUUUUCUCUUUCUCGCCGGUAAGGCCUUUCUUUGCCUUUGAAUAUUCAGGAAGAUCUGCAAAAAUCGACGUUUAGGGUUGGUUUGUCUUCUCGAUUGGUUUUUUUGCUUGAUCUUCGAUUUGUUGUUGUUUUUAAUUUCUAGUCUUGGUUGAUCGAUCUUUAUUUUCGGACCUUAAGUGUCAUAAUCGAAUCUUGUGUUCCGUGUUACUUUUGAUUUGUAUGCUGAUUCAAGAAAAAAUUAGUAUUGAAUUCUGGAUAGUUGAUUUGGGUUUUUAGGGUUUCGAAGAUUUUUGGGGACUUUUUUUUCUUUUUGAAAUUUGUGUUGAGAAUUUUGUGGUAUUCGAUAAUAUGGCGACAGGAGGAGUUGAUCUCUUGAGAAGAAGGGAUUUUCGCUAUUCUGAAAAAGAGUUUGAACAUGGAAAAGUUUGUUCGCGUGUUGUGGAUGCGAGUAGCGUUCGUGGUUAUGGCGGUAGGCGUGAAAAUGAUUCUGUUUCGGGUUCUAGACGGAAUGGGUGUCAUGGUAGGAUUACUGGUGAGCGAGAAAAGAAAGUCUAUUCCAGACCCUCGGAGGCGUGGACUAAUAAUGGUGAAGCCUCAAAGGUUGAAGAUGUAGUUCUGGUCCCUCCUGAAAAGAAAAGGAAAUUCUCUCCGAUCAUAUGGGACAGAGAGAAUGAUAGGAAAAUUUCAUUCAAGAAAAGAGUCCUGCCAUCUACUCCUUUGUCCCCUGGACAUCAGAGUGUGAUCAAAUCAGUUAGCCAGGUAUCCGAUUCUGUUUCAAACUGCCCGGCUUCUGAAGUAGACAAUAAAGUGGAGGUCUCAAAAGAAGUUGAGGCUGCCGCAGCUGAUGAGUUGGUGGAACCUUUUCUGCUCAAGAACUCAUGUGAUUUUUCUUCUGAAGAAUUGCUUCCUCGGCAUGGGGGUGUUCAACCUCAAGAUCAAAUGAAAGAAGAAGGUAUAACUGAGACUCGAAACAUAUUUACAUCGAGGUGGGCAUCUGAAGGAGAUUCUACGCAGCAUGUUUCUGAUGAUGAAUGGACUGCUGAUAGGAGGAGCUCAACCCCUGAAAGUGGGGAGUUUCAAAGAGAAGACUCAGCAGGUGAUAGGUCAGUAGUUUCUUGCUCAGAUGAUGAGGAUGGUUUCCAUAUGGGAUCUGGAAGUGACAGCAGAUGUUCUGGAAGUGGAAGUCGAUCUUCUAAAAGAGAGCCAUCUGAGGAUUUUAUGGAUGGUCACGACAGCAGGGAUGCCAUAACAAACCAGGUUUAUUUUGGUGCAGAGGAUCAUGAUGAGCUUUUACAGAUUGAGGAGCCUACAGUAUCUACCAGUCACCGUGUUAACAUGCUCCAGAGUUGCAGAAGUGUGUUCGAGUAUGAAAAACUUAACAAAAUUAAUGAAGGAACAUAUGGCGUUGUCUAUAAAGCCAAAGAUAAGAAAACUGGAGAAAUCGUAGCUUUAAAAAAGGUGAAGAUGGAUGUAAACAAGGAUGAUGGUUUUCCUUUGUCAUCUUUGAGGGAAAUCAACAUUCUUUCAUCGUUUAGUCAUUCCUCAAUUGUGAAUGUUAAGGAAGUUGUGAUGGAUGAUGACGACGGCGUUUAUAUGGCUAUGGAGUAUAUGGAAUAUGACCUCAAGGGGCUAAUGGAGACUAUGAAAGAGCCAUUUAGUAUAAGUGAAGUUAAAUCGUUGAUGCUCCAACUGCUAGAGGGGGUGAAGUAUCUUCAUGACAAUUGGGUGCUUCACCGAGAUCUUAAAACAUCAAAUAUUCUUAUUAACAAGGACGGUGAGUUGAAGAUAUGCGACUUUGGGUUAUCACGACAGUAUGGUAGUCCACUAAAGCCGUAUACUGCUUUAGUGGUUACUCUGUGGUACAGGGCUCCUGAAAUCCUUCUCGGGACCAAAGAAUACUCAACAGCUAUUGAUAUGUGGUCAGUUGGGUGUAUAAUGGCAGAGUUGGUAGCUAAGGAACCGCUAUUUAGAGGGAAAACUGAAGUCGAGCAGCUUGAUAAGAUUUUCAGAACUCUUGGCACGCCAAAUGAAACAAUCUGGCCUGGGUUAUCCAAGUUGCCGGGUUCCAAAGCCAAUUUUGUUAAAAAUCCGUACAACUUAUUGCGUAAGAAAUUUCCUGCCACAUCUUUCAUAGGUUCUCCAGUUCUUACCGAUUCAGGAUUUGACUUGUUGAGCAAACUUCUAGCCUAUGACCCUGAGAAGCGAAUCACAGUGGAGGCUGCACUUAAUCACAGAUGGUUUGUUGAGUCUCCUCUCCCCAGGUCUGAUUUCAAGCCUCCUCUUCGAGUGCUACAGGGUCAAAACAGGUACCCUGGCAGCAGGCAGCGUGAGAAAUUUUCGCACCUAUAAUUCUGGGUUUACAGAAAAGAUCUAAUUGUUUUUUUCAUUAGAAAAAGAGCAAAUAAUCGACUGGUAAUUAGUCACUUGAGAAGAACUAAAAGGAAUCUAGAUACAUAGGAACACACAACAUAGGAGGGGGUAAUGCAAGGAUUUUAUAUUUUGUUUUGACGCUCUUAUUCAGUCGAUCUGCAAUUUGUGAACUGGGAGUGCCAGUGCCAUGAAGCAGUACGCAAUGAUAGCAGUUGCUCCAUAUGAAUGUCUGGAACAAUUUACUCAGGUGGAAUGAUAGUUAUUGAUUUUUUAUUUUCAAAAUGUAUAAUAUUUCUUGUAAUGUUCUUGACUUUAAAAGUAAUGAAGGUUAUGAAUUAUUUUGCAUCUA